CUCCAUCACAGUCGCUUGUUGGACACAUCCUCACAGGUCUGUCUCUGUUUGAAAGGCUGAGGUGAAUGUAGAUACUCUACGAGAGCUGGUGUCAGCGGAGAUGUUGGCAGGUGCGUUAGUUCUGGGCACCAUCCUCACAGCUUUACCAGGUACUCAUAGCAGGUGGAGUGUGUCAUUUUCCAGAAAGGAGAUCUGUGUGUGGGCAGGAACUACUGUCACUCUGCCAUGCCGUUAUGACUACCCCUCAGGUCACAAUGUGAGGCAGGUCAUGUGGUUUCGUGUUUCUGGCGAGGGUCGCAGGGAGUUCACCCACCACAGCGACCCCAACCAGAUCAGCCUGUCGUACCGCGGUCGCACACGCUACAUCGGGGGCAGCUACUCCAGCUGUUCAGUCCAGAUUCGAGGCGUGAAGCUGAGCGAUGCGGGUCAGUAUCACUUCAGGUUUGAGACUGACCAGCCACGGGGGAGAUGGACCUCCCCUGACACCAUCACCCUGGAAGUAACAGACCUCCAGGUGCAGGUGCAUCCAGCCAGGCCGGGCAACAUGUUUGGAUUUGGAGAGACGGUGUUUGUCGGCUGCCAGGCCAGAGGAUGUGCUGCUCCUGGGAGGAGCCUCGCACUCUACAGGAACGGGCUGAACCUCGGCUCAUAUGAGAAGUGGAUGAUUAUCAAUCGAUUUGACGAGCAGCAUGCAGGAGCAUACACCUGUCGACCAAUCCCACCUCAAAAUGUACAGUCGCCAUCUCUCACCCUGGCUCUGGGACACGGUCCCCGCUCCACAUCCAUAGCAGCCUUUCCUCUGGGGGAGGUGUUAGAGGGGUCAUCUGUCACCCUGACCUGCAGCAGUGAGGCAGCUCCACCUGUCGAGAGUUUUGCAUGGUUCAAAGACAUGGAGAGCGGCAGCAUCCCAGACAGUUUCAGGCCUCAGCUCCACCUGUCCAACCUCAGAUACACAGACAGAGGAGAGUAUUUCUGCGUAGCGCGUAACUCACUGGGAACAGAUCGCUCCAAAGCACUUCUGCUCAACGUCACUUACUCUCCAAAGAACACACGGGUGCUGAUGAGUCCGCGAGGAGACAUCAGAGAAGGCUCCUAUGUGAACAUGAGUUGCAUGAGUCAGGCCUACCCUCCCCCCAGCAGGUACGUUUGGUAUCGUAUCCUAGGUGACCAGGUGGUUACUAAAGGUUCUUUUCAGAACCUGACGUUCCCGUCGGUGCGCGCUCAGCAUGCUGGUCAGUACUACUGCACAGCAUGGAACAGAUUGGGACAACAAAGCUCCCCUGUGGUUACUCUCACUGUGCUGUAUCCUCCCAAGAACACUUCAGUUCUGGCCCGUCCCUCCAGUGUGGUGGACGCUGGCCGACCCCUGACUCUGACCUGCAGCAGUCAGGCCAACCCAGCGGUGGACAACUUCACAUGGCACCGUUUAGCCCUGGACGGGGGCUCUGUUCAAUCGUGGGGCACCAAGUCUGGUCCCGUGUUCACCUUCUCAGAGGUUGGCGUUGGAGAGAGCGGUCAGUACUACUGUGAGGCCAGGAACCGAAUCGGAGCCCACAGCUCUCCGGUGCUCACCGUCAGGGUCAGAGGUCGUCUUAAGGUCAUCGCCUUGGCUUCAGCAGUGGGCGUGUCUGCGGGACUCAUCACUCUCACUGUGGCGAUUAUGAUCAGUAAGAACAUGCACAGAGUGGACAUGGAGUCAGCAGAAGAGGCAAACAAGCGUCCAUCGUUGACAGCUGACACCAUGUUCUAUGAGUCAGCCCAGCAGACCUUCCCAGUGAGGAAGGGCAAGAUGUCCGACAUACCGGAGGAGCCAGAGGACUUAAGCGACAGCUCCCAUCCCUCCAUCGUUCCUCUGAAGGAUGCUCCGCCAAUCACAGAAGUCAAAAGUCACAGCGCUUCCUCCAGCUACAUCACAGUGCACUACUCCAGACUGGCCAACACGGAUCAGGUGCAGGUGCACAACCUGCCACUGGGUGGUGAUAGAAAGCCAAAGGAUUCCUCCAAAGUUGUUUACACUCUACUGCCGCAGCCUCGCCACUGAACGGGAGGAAACAACCUCAGCCACCGUGCUUGACAGGAAACUCACCUUGCGACAGUGUGUGUCAGACUGUCUGCCGGAACCUGGGCUCUCUAUGAUGGCAGCAUGUGGUCGACUGAAACGCGCUGCAUGUCUUUCAUUUUACUUUCUAUACGUCUUCAUGCUGCUGAUGAAACCAGUGUUAACAGGAAAUGAUGUCGCUUGCAUUAACACCCAUAGUACAAGCUACCUGGUGGGCUUUUGUUGAGACUGAAGUUUUUAUUCAACUAUAUGCACAGUAGGUCAUGAAUUUAUCCUUUGCACCCACGGGCAACUGAAACAUAAUCAUUUGUAUGAAAGCAUAACAGUUGCCAAUGAAAAUGACAGAGUGACAUAUUUAAUGGAGAAAACUUGUAGCAAAUGUGCAGUGAUAUACAAUGUUUGAGUCUACAACAUAAAGAGCUAGUGUUGAUUUUCUAAUGUUGUGAGGUUCAUUCAGUUAUAGCUGGCGUCUGCUGAGCCAGACUUGCACCACGUUUGGUGCAGGCAAUAAAAGCGAUUACAUCUACGUAGUUACACUGAAGAAAAAUAAAGCCAGACUAAUGACUUCUUUUGUUUCUCUAGAGUGUGUCUUGUUUGUUUCUUUGUUUAUUUUCACAAAAUAUUCAUUAAAAAGAAGCUACCCUCACAGGAA